AUGAGUUCUGACCCUCUUUGGGCGAAGUCAGAGGUGGAGCAGAUUGGACCCCUGAAGAUGUGGAUGAGAAGGCCUGAGACUGUGGUGGCCACGGAGUGUCAGCCAGCAAGAGCACCCUGCUGCUGCGGCGCGGUCGUGCUGCACCAUAGGCAGCGCUUGGAGUAUGCCUCACUUUCUGAAGCCAUGCUGGUGUACAUCUUACUGCCCAGCGCUGCAUUACUCCACCAUGUGUUAUCCAUGUGUUACAAUGGACAAAUUGGAUGGUUUCCUUCAAACUAUGUGACUGAAGAAGGUGACAGUCCUUUGGGUAACCAUGUAGGUUCUCUGUCAGAGAAAUUAGCAGCAGUUGUCCAUAACCUAAAUAUAGGUCAAGUACUGCAUGUGGUACAGGCUCUUUACCCGUUCGGCUCAUCCAAUGAUGGAGAACUCAAUUUUGAGAAAGGUGAUGUAAUGGAUGUUAUCGAAAAGCUGGAAAAUAACCCUGAAUGGUGUAAAUGCAGGAAAAUCAAUGGCAUGGUUGGCCUAAUACCAAAAAACUAUGUUACCAUUAUGCAGAAUAAUCCAUUAACCUCAGGUUUGGAACCAUCGCCUCCACAGUGUGAUUACAUUAGGCCUUCACUCACUGGAAAGUUUGCUGGCAAUCCUUGGUAUUAUGGCAAAGUCACCAGGCACCAGGCAGAAACGGCAUUAAAUGAAAGGGGAAAUGAAGGAGACUUCCUCAUUCGUGAUAGUGAAUCUUCGACAAAUGAUUUCUCAGUAUCACUAAAAGCGCAAGGGAAAAACAAGCAUUUUAAAGUCCAACUGAAAGAGACUGUUUACUGCAUUGGGCAGCGGGAAUUCAGCACCAUGGAAGAACUUGUAGAACAUUACAAAAAGGCGCCGAUCUUUACAAGUGAACAAGGAGAAAAACUGUAUCUCGUCAAACAUUUGUCUUGAUACUCAUCAGCAGUGACUGCUACACAGCUUUAACUCAUCAUGUAAUUGAAGACUGAGAGUGUUGAGCCAAUUGUACUUG